UUCCCGUGCCCUCCUCCCCCUCGACGUUCUCCCCACCUCUCUUCCUCCUCUCCCUUCUCAUAUACACCACCGCGCCGCGCGCCUGCCCGUCCCCUUCUCCUCUUCCCUUCCCCCCACCGCCGCAGCCAGCCCCGCGAAGCGCUGCGGCCCUCCCUCCCCGUCCCGCCUCCGCCAGGAAGGAAGGAAGGGGGUCGUCGGUGGACCCAUGGCGUACAGGGCGGAGGACGACUACGACUACCUCUUCAAGGUCGUGCUCAUCGGCGACUCCGGGGUCGGCAAAUCCAACCUGCUCUCGCGCUUCACCCGCAACGAGUUCAGCCUCGAGUCCAAGUCCACCAUCGGGGUCGAGUUCGCCACCAGGAGCAUCAGGGUCGACGACAAGGUCGUCAAGGCCCAGAUCUGGGACACCGCCGGCCAGGAGAGGUAUCGGGCAAUUACAAGUGCUUACUACCGAGGGGCUGUUGGUGCGCUUGUCGUGUAUGAUGUGACACGCCAUGUGACCUUCGAGAAUGUGGAGAGGUGGUUGAAGGAGCUCCGGGACCACACAGAUGCAAACAUUGUCAUCAUGCUUGUCGGCAACAAGGCUGAUCUACGCCACCUUAGAGCUGUAUCAGUGGAGGAUGCUAAGGCAUUCGCUGAGAGGGAAAGCACCUUCUUUAUGGAAACAUCUGCACUGGAGGCCAUGAACGUUGAGAGUGCCUUCACUGAGGUUCUAACUCAGAUAUAUCGUGUGGUCAGCAAGAAGGCCCUUGACAUAGGGGAUGAUCCUGCUGCUCCACCGAGAGGACAAACCAUCAACGUUGGUGGCAAGGAUGAUGUUUCUGCUGUGAAGAAGGCUGGGUGCUGUUCUUCCUAAAUUCAUUUUGCUGUGAAGAGGAACCAUAUGCUCACCUGAUUAUGUGAUGGGUAACUGCAAAUAUGACUUCGUUUUGCCACCUAACCUGGUUAUUUGCGAUAUUAUAUCGGUACACCAAGAAAUUCAUUAGAUAUCAAGAUUUAACCUCAGGUUGGGAAAGAAAAAAGCGCUAGCCUUGGAAUGUUGGUGAAUUUCAUGGUUGCCUUUUAUGGUUUCUUAACUGCUGUAUUGUCCCACCUCAAUUGACAUGAGGAUCCUCUCCACAUUUUAAUGCACAGCGUAGUUUUGUAAUGGGAGUUAUCAUUCAUUACUUCUGUUGUUGGAUGGAUCAGUACUAUAGCCCUCAAAGAUGGUAAUGUAUCUAUAUUGUGUGAUAGGUUAUGUUCUACUCGGCAAAUGUCAUACGUAACUGGUAGCCAAUAUGAGUUUUACACGGUUAUUCUGUUAUAUUAUGUACUUCCCCCAGAUGUACAGAACUUGAAUUGAAGAACCAUGUUUCUUAUCA